AGAAGUGACAUCUCGCUUUGCAAAUGGUUCCUGAUGGAGAGGGCAUUGUCUUUGUAUGUGAAGUAAUACGCCCUUCCGAUAUUGUGGAAGCAAUACCCAUCAAUCCCAUAAUGCAAGAAUAAACAUGGCUGCGCCGUAUGGAUCGAGAUCAUCGGGCGAAAAUUCAGCGACUUUUCAAGGCUUUCCAUUCAAUGUGUCAGGUAGACCACCUGAUGACACUUCUGUUACAGAGCAAGAAAAGACCGGGGAGCCAAAGAAGAAACCAUGCAGAGCUUGUACAGAUUUUAAAUCAUGGAUGAAAAUACAGAAGACGCCGACUCCGACAGCACAGGUGACAAAGCCAGCAGAGAGUGAGACGCCAGUAGAGUGUCCACUGGACCGAGAGGAACUGGGGAAAUGUUCAUGGUCCUUCCUUCACACAAUGGCUGCUUACUACCCAGUGUCGCCAAGCUCCAGCCAGCAGCAAGACAUGACACAAUUCAUCAACCUUUUCUCAAAAUUCUUCCCUUGUGACGAGUGUGCAGAGGAUUUGAGGGCAAGAUUGAAAACAAAUCAGCCAGAUGCCAGCAACCAACGCAACCUCUCACAGUGGCUGUGCCGUCUCCAUAAUGACGUUAACGUUCGAUUAGGCAAGCCAGAAUUUGACUGCUCCAAAGUGGACGAGCGAUGGAAAGAUGGCUGGAAAGAUGGAUCUUGUGACUGACACCCUAAUAGCAGGGAGUAGGAAACACUGGGAGUAAUUAUGGUGAUGGAGGCUAUUAUUUGUGAGAUUAAAAUGUAUGUUGUAUAAAUCUGCAGAUAAAACCGCCAGUGUACGUUUAUUUCAAUUUCAUGUUUUUAUUAAGGUGUUUAUUUGCCGUGUAAAACCCUAUGUACAGAUCCAUUUGGUUUGCCUCUUAAAUUUAAUCUUUUAGAGAAUACAGAUAAUUUGAUUAUGUAAAUGCAAUAUGGGUCCAGGUCUUCACAGCACUUUAAUUGAUCUAGUCUGUCCCUUUCCAUGUGUUUUCUGAAAGAAAGAAAAAUAAAGUUCCAUUUAUGUAACUGGA